AUGGUGACUCUGUGCUGCGCCAUCGUUCGCGUCCCGGGAAGCGCGUUCCCUGUGGAUAUCGACGAGAACAAGUUGGUGGGUCACCUGAAGGAUGAGAUCAAGAAGAUGAACCCAGCGACGGUCAUUUGCGACGCCAAUGUUCUGGAGGUCUUCCUAGCGAGGCGACACGAUGGCGAGUGGAUG